GUUUUUCCCUUUGAUUUGCCACUUCCAACUCCAAACAUGGAAUCUCAUCUUCCCCAAAGGGCAAUAUUCUUCUUCAUCUUCCUCUUCUUCCUCCUCAUCUCCUCCAACCCAUUAUGUGUGCAUUCUAAGUCCAAGUCCAAUAUCAUUCACCCUAUCCUCAGACCCAAAAAGGCCUCUCCCGCCGCCGCCGCCACCGACCAAGCAAAGACGACGCCGAAGACCACCGAUGAGCUCAAGAAGAUAUGCGACGGGACGGAAGACGCUAAGCUCUGCAUCACCACGAUCUCUCCGCUACUCAACGGUGGUGCCGCUGACACGCAGGCGGUUCUUGAAGCUGGGAUAAAUGCGAGCUACGAGCUCGCGAAGGUCGGGAGCGCCAUGGCGAAGAAGCUCUCCAUGUCUCAAACGGGAAAAGCGGCGUCCAAGGUCAAGGAUUGUCAGGGGAGCUAUGAUGAUGCUUUGUACAAUUUCGAUGAGACCAUUAAGGCGCUAAAGGACUCUGACGUCGGGACCAUGAAUUCCAUGCUUAGCGCCGUCGUGUCUGAUAUGAGCGACUGCAAUGACUCGCUCGCCGGUUUGGGCUUGCCAUUGACCAAUAUAGGAGACAAGUUGGCUAACAUGACUAGCGUCUGCCUUGGCAUUAUUUCCCAGAUGGAGUGAUCUAUGAAUUCAUUUACAUACAUACGUAGAAAAUUGUAGAUUUAGACCUAACUUAUUCACGUUCUCAUUUUUUAUUUGGUAAUUUCACAUUCUUGCACAGUUAGCCUUAUACUCC